CAUGUAUUGUUUUCGUUAUCAGUUCAAUAUUUUUUCAUUCGAAAGUUCGAAAGUUUUUCUUCGAAAAGUGAAUGAUGUGAUACCUAAAACUUUGCUCAUCUUUCUUUUUUCCUUGUUCAUUCAGUAUUUAAAUCUCUGAGUUACUGUCGUUUUAGUGUUUUGUAUUCUUGUUCAACAUGUGGAAAUCCACCAUAGGCGCCAAAUUAGAUAUUUCUUCAAACGCUGAUGAUGACUGGGAAACAGAUCCGGACUUUGUCAACGAUGUCACCGAAGAAGAACAACGCUGGGGUUCAAAAACUAUCCCAGGAUCUGGUCGUAUGGGAGAUGCAAUCGAUAUGAUUAAGCUACGUGAUGAAGUAGCACAAGCUGACGCCCAGAAGAAAAAAAAAGACAAUGAAAAUGGGCCUAAAGCCGCCUACGGUUAUGGUGGGAAAUUUGGAGUGCAGUCAGAUCGAAUGGAUCGUAGUGCUGUUGGGCACGAUUACGUCGCUAAUGUGGAAAAACACGCCUCUCAGGUCGACUAUCGAACUGGCUUCGGUGGUAAAUUUGGAGUGCAAUCAGAUAGAGUUGAUAAAUGUGCUGCAAAUUAUGAUAGUGUAGAAAAACUUCAAAAACACCCUUCCCAACAAGAUUAUGCUGCUGGUUUUGGUGGCAAAUACGGUAUUCAAAAAGACAGACAAGAUAAAUGUGCCGUUGGUUGGGAUCAUAAAGAAAAGAUUGAAAAACACGAGUCACAAAAAGAUUACGCUGUUGGUUUCGGCGGUAAAUUUGGUGUUCAGAAAGAUCGACAGGACAAAUCAGCGGUUGGUUACGAUCACGCUGAGAAUAUUUCUCAGCAUCAUAGUCAAAUUGACCAUAAAAAAGGCUUCGGAGGGCAGUUUGGUGUUGAAAGCGACAGAGUUGAUAAAUCUGCUCAUGAUUUCAAUGAUCAGGCCGAACAAGUUGGCACGAAAUAUGAAAAAGAAAAGCCAUUGAUUGGCAGUGUAAAACCUUCGAGCCUUCGGCAGAAAUUUGAAAAUUUAGCGAAGCAAUCUGAAGCAGAAAUUCAAAAGAAGAAAGUAGAAGAGCAAGAAAGACGGCGCUCGAGAGAUUUAGUGGAAAAAAAAGAAGCCAAAGAAAGAGAAGAAGCAAGACUUAAAAUGCUCAACGAAAAAGAAAAAGAAGAACAGCGAAAAUUGAGCGAUUCUCAGACUAAAAAAGACGAUGUUGCUGUGAAAAAUGAAUCUAGUAUUAAAGAUAAUAUUUUCCUUAAAAAAGACGUUACUUCCAAACACGAAGAACCACCUAAAACAAUUUCAACCCAACCGAAAGUAGAAUCUAAACGACUCAACGAAACAGAAAAAAAUUUAAUGAAUAGCAUGAUGAAUUCUCCAUUAUUGAGUAACGAUGUCGACGAUGACAAACAUGAGUCUUCCAGCGACUUUGAUGAUGGAGAACCAACUCCUCAGAUACCUGAAAAACAAGUCCAAACUAACCAGUUGAAUAAUACCAUCGAUGAAACUCAGAACCAUGUCGAAGAGUCUAAACCAGAUGAAACUAAUGAAAAAGAAGACGGACAGGUUUCCGAAAUUGAUAUCAUCGAUACUGGUUUUAAAGCUGUAGCUCUUUAUGAUUACCAGGCGUCGGCUGAAGAUGAAAUUUCAUUCGAUCCUGAUGAUACAAUCACUCAUAUUGAUAUGAUCGAUGAAGGAUGGUGGCGUGGCUACUGCAAAGGACAGUAUGGCUUGUUUCCAGCGAAUUAUGUUUCCCUUCAACAAUGAUGUGGCAUUUCUUUUUCAUUUUAAUCAUUUUUAAAAUAAUUUUUACGUUUUAUAUCUUGCUAUUUUAUCAUAUUAUUGUUGAAACUAGUGCAAUAUCCAUAAUAUCGUUUUCCAAUUUUUAUAAAAUCAAAAAAAUAAGUUAGUAAAAAUUCGAUAUCUUUGUUCUUACAA